UGCUCAGUGCCACGUCCCAGGCUGGCCGUGGGGGAGGCAUGUGAAGGGUGGGUACAACCGUGACUUACACAGGGCUCUCUGCCCUCCGAAGCGCUGGUGCUGAGGGUCAGAGGGAUGGGCCACCCCUCAACAAGCAAGCCAACAAGCUCAUUUCAGCUCCUUACAAGUGAGGUAAUGGAAAUAGAAACAGGAGGUGAAUCUGAGCCGAGCCUCAGAAAGAUAAGGUGGAGAACCUGGGGAGCCUCUUGCAGAUCCCCUGCCGCCCGCCGUUUCCCAGCAGGACCUUUGAAAACACAAUUCAUGCCCCGGCUUUCCAGACUCCACAGGUUUCAUGGAAACCCUCCUUUCUGUAGUCAUUAUCUGUUAUUACACUCCUUCCUGAUAAUCCAUAUUGUCUCUCUCAUUCUGCCUUUGAGCCUUUGCACUUGCUGUUCGCUCUGCCUGGAAAACUAACUCCCACCCCAUCCCCCUUUUCUAUAUUCAUCCUUUUUGUCUCAGCUCCAACAGAAGCCUGGACUACCCAAUUUAAAGUAACUGCCCCCAAGUCAUACUCACAAUGCUGUUGUCAUUUUCUUCAUGUCCAAAUUCUACUCAAGUAAUGUUUAUUUUAUUUAUGGCCAUUCCCUCCCCAGGUGUCAACUCCAGCACAGUUUAUGUCUUUGUCACUGCUGUGUCUCUGGUGCCUAGAAUAGUACCUGGCACACAGUAGCUGCUCAAUAAGUGUUGGUGAGGUGAAUGAAAGAGUGAGCUGGACAUGCUCUAGGAAGGGAAGGGCCUGCAAACCACUGGAACAGAGUGAGCAAAGGGAAGAGGUGGACAGGGGCUGACUGUGGAGGGCUUUGCAGGUCGUUUGGUUUUACUCUUUGUGCUAUAGAGAGUUGUGGGGGGAGUUCUGAGCAAGGAAGGGACAUCAUCUGAUAUGUUUUAAGAUGGAUCCUUGGGCUGGUGAAGCUAUGGGACAUUUAGCAAGAACAAAUGAAUGCUGCUUCACCUGGGCUUGUCAAGGAAAACUGGUCUAGGAGUCACUUUAUUUUUAAAAAGGAGGCCUGGCCCAGGCCCUGCCCCCAGCCCUGUGCUCUCCCUCCUCCAGGCCCCUGAGUGUCAGUGGUGGUGUUAUCCCUUGUUACCUGGAACACCAUGCAGCCGCAACCGAGGCCUAGCGGGGCUGGGACCCACACCCGAUUUCUGCCCCUGAGGUCACAGCGCCCUGAGGGUUCAGGGGACACAGUGAUGUACGCCUCCACCGAGUGCAAGGCUGAGGUGACACCCUCCCAGCAUGGCAACCGCACCUUCAGUUACACGCUGGAGGACCACACCAAGCAGGCCUUCGGAAUCAUGAAUGAGCUGCGGCUCAGCCAGCAGCUGUGUGAUGUCACUCUUCAGGUCAAGUAUCAGGACGCACCAGCUGCACAGUUCAUGGCCCACAAGGUGGUUCUGGCCUCAUCCAGCCCUGUCUUCAAGGCCAUGUUCACCAACGGGCUGCGGGAGCAGGGCAUGGAGGUGGUGUCCAUCGAGGGUAUCCACCCCAAGGUCAUGGAGCGUCUCAUAGAGUUCGCCUACACAGCCUCUAUCUCCAUGGGUGAGAAGUGUGUGCUCCAUGUUAUGAAUGGUGCCGUCAUGUACCAGAUCGACAGUGUCGUCCGUGCCUGCAGUGACUUCUUGGUGCAGCAGCUGGACCCAAGCAAUGCCAUUGGCAUCGCCAACUUCGCGGAGCAGAUUGGCUGUGCUGAGCUGCACCAGCGCGCCCGAGAGUACAUCUACAUGCACUUUGGAGAGGUGGCCAAGCAAGAGGAGUUCUUCAAUCUGUCCCACUGCCAACUGGUUACCCUCAUCAGCCGGGAUGAUCUGAAUGUACACUGCGAGUCUGAGGUCUUCCAUGCCUGUAUCAACUGGGUCAAGUACGACUGUGAGCACCGACGCUUCUAUGUCCAGGCGCUGCUGCGGGCUGUGCGCUGCCACUCACUGACGCCCCACUUCCUGCAGAUGCAGCUGCAGAAGUGUGAGAUCUUGCAGUCGGACUCCCGCUGCAAGGACUACCUGGUCAAGAUCUUCCAGGAGCUCACCCUGCACAAGCCCACACAGAUGAUGCCCUGCCGGGCUCCCAAGGUGGGCCGGCUUAUCUAUACUGCUGGUGGCUACUUCCGCCAGUCACUCAGCUACCUGGAGGCCUACAACCCCAGUGAUGGCACAUGGCUCAGGUUGGCAGACUUGCAGGUGCCUCGUAGUGGCCUGGCAGGCUGCGUGGUGGGUGGGCUGCUGUACGCUGUGGGCGGCAGGAACAACUCGCCUGAUGGCAACACCGACUCCAACGCCCUGGACUGCUACAACCCCAUGACCAACCAGUGGUCGCCCUGUGCCCCCAUGAGCGUGCCACGCAACCGAAUUGGGGUUGGGGUCAUCGAUGGGCACAUCUAUGCUGUUGGUGGCUCCCAUGGAUGCAUCCACCACAACAGUGUGGAGAGGUAUGAGCCAGAGCAUGAUGAGUGGCACUUGGUGGCCCCAAUGCUGACUCGGAGGAUCGGAGUGGGAGUGGCUGUUCUCAACCGGUUGCUCUAUGCCGUUGGGGGCUUUGACGGGACGAAUCGACUCAACUCAGCCGAGUGUUACUAUCCAGAGAGAGAUGAGUGGCGAAUGAUCACACCCAUGAACACCAUCCGAAGUGGAGCAGGAGUCUGUGUCCUGCACAACUGUAUCUAUGCCGCUGGGGGCUACGAUGGUCAGGACCAGCUGAACAGUGUGGAGCGCUACAACGUGGAGACAGAAACAUGGACUUUUGUAGCUCCCAUGAAGCAUCGGCGAAGUGCCCUGGGGAUUACUGUGCACCAGGGGAGAAUCUACGUUCUUGGAGGCUACGACGGUCACACGUUCCUGGACAGCGUGGAGUGUUAUGACCCAGACACAGACACUUGGAGCGAGGUGACCUGCAUGACAUCUGGCCGGAGUGGGGUGGGCGUCGCUGUCACCAUGGAGCCCUGCCGGAAGCAGAUCGACCAGCAGAACUGUACCUGUUGAGCAACUUUGGUUUUCUUGGGCAAAAAAUGGUCCCAUGAAAAGUACUGUCAUUUUUGUACAAAAUCAGGAACUAAACGAAAGCCACAGAGCAAAUGCUUGUCCACCAGGAUGUGAGGCUGGGAUGCCUCAGUGUUAGAAUGACUACUUGAAAGAAAGACCAGAAUGGGAACUUGUGAGCCCAUCAGAAUAGUCCCAGGAAUGUCCAAGAGAAUGCCUGGGAGGGGUUUCGAGAAGGGCAGGUUUCUGGGAGAGAAAACCUCACACCCACUAGGCCAAGACUAGGCCUGGGUCCCAUACCAGUAGCUGCCGCCUCCCUCUGGAGUGAAAGCAGGUGCUGAGGUCAGGCUAGUUUUUGUUCCCUGUGUCUUUAUGAUUGGUUCCUAGGGGCCUGGGAAGGAGCCAACUGAGGCCUUGGGGUGAGGCUCUUCAGGAGGUGCCAACCCCAGGAUGGGCCUGUACAUAUAAACCACUGGAUAUCUUUGUCCUGACAGUCAUUUUGUUGACAAGUAACUCUGUAACUUUCCAAUGAAAAUAAAGAACAAACUAACUAGUGUCUUCUA